AUGUUUAGAUCUAACUCCCAUUUUUUAAUGGUAACAAAUUUGCGGUUUUUGGAACUGCAAAAAAUGUUACUAAAUAGAUUUCAAAUUUUUAAAAAUGAAGAAAUAAGAAUAUUAAAAAAAGAUAAUAUGAAAACAAUUUUAUAUGAAUGGGCAAAAUUUUUAACAACCCAAAAUAUAAAAACAAAUAUAACAAAUAUACCUGAACAAGUAUUAGAAAAUAAAAUAGUGACUAAAAUAAUAAAUGAUGAUAUUGAUUGUAAAUGGCUAGUUGAUAAAAUUAAUGUCCAAAAUAAAAACGAAAACAAUAUAAUACCAAAUGAAGAAUUAAAAAAAAUUGAUAAUCUUCAUUUUGAUGAAUAUCCACAAUUAUUUUAUUAUCAAUAUCCACAAUUCCCAUAUAAUUAUUAUGAUAAAAAAAAAAUGACAAAUUUUUAUUCCCUUAUAAAGUUCCCAUAUAAUGAUAUAAUUAAUAUUUCAAGAAAAAUCAAAAAUGAUAAAGAAGAUGAACACAAUGAUCUAUCAAAAGCUAAUGAGACCAAAAAUAUGCUAAGCGAUAAAGAUCAUCAAACCAUUCAAAAAAGUAAAGAAGAAGAAGAAGAAAAAGAAGAUGAUAGUUUAAAUUCGAAUAACUAUUCUUGUGAUAAUUAUAUUUAUGCCCCCUCAGAAAUGGAAACGUCGAAAGAAAAUUAUCACCAAACAUGA